CCCCGCAGACCUCGCCGAUGGCCGACGGGCUCGUUCAGCGCAAGCCCUGGGGCCCGGAGCAGGGCCGCCCGGACCCCGACCCUGACUCGGAAGGCCUGUUCGACGAGGCUCCCCCCGAGGCGCCGCCGGCCGCCCGCGCGCCCAGGCCGGCCGCAGCCGCGGGCAGGAAGGCGGGGCGGCGCGCGGGCGGGAGGGCGCCGGGAGCCCGCGCCGGGCAGCCCCGCAAGGCCGCGGCGCGCCCCCCGCCCGAGGAGACGGCGCCGCCGCUGGACGAGGGCUGCUACCUCGACCACUUCCCGCACCUCUCCAUCUUCAUCUACGCCGCCAUCGCCUUCUCCAUCACCUCCUGCAUCUUCACUUAUAUCCAUUUACAGCUCGCCUGAGAGGCCGGGGCGGG